GAUAAACAGAGAUAAUAUUGCGGGAAACUAUUUGGCGCUGCAGGCUGAGAGUUCAGAAAUUACACGGUUUCAAGAUCUUGGAGUAACCUUUAAGAGCUCAGGUUCAUACUUUGCUGGACUGUCAGUGAUUUUGGUAUAAAUCUAAGCUCUUUUUGCCAUUCAGUGGAAUUAAAGGCAACUCUAGACAUUAUUUUCAGGAAGCCGUUCACCUCUUGUGACCAUGAAUCUUCAGGAAAAGCUGUCAGGCCUCAAAGGUCUGGUCUCGCACUCCCACAGCAAACGCCGCCACAAAGGUGACCUCACGUUGGACAUGAUUAGCCCUCCUCUGGGCGACUUUCGCCACACAAUGCAUGUGGGCCGUGGCGGCGAUGUCUUCGGGGACACCUCCUUCCUUAGCAACCACGGAGGCACGGCCAACGGGAGUAACGGGGAGACGGAUUCUGUCUCCAGCCCCGACAACAAGAUCGGAGCGUUCUUCUCCAGGACGCUGCGUCAGAUCAGGAGGGGCUCCGACAACCGAGCAACAGGAGGAGUCAAGGAUCUGUCGCCACCACCUCCUGCCAUUUCUCCCAUCAUCAAGAAUGCCAUCUCUCUCCCCAGGCUGGAUGUGGAUUUGCCCAAUGGGACUCCAACCACCAGAGUGCUCUUCCCCAGUUCUAAAAGCACGCCAGAGGACAAGAAGAGCUCCUAUGGUGAGUGUGGUGAUAAAUUUAUAUAUAUAUAUUUUAUU